CAGUCGCCGACCAAGGAAAAACAACCAUGGAAGUGGUCGCGUCGGCGCCGGGGAAGGUGCUCGUCGCGGGGGGCUACCUGGUGCUGGAGCGCCCCAACCCCGGCCUCGUCCUCAGCACCACCGCCCGCUUCUACGCCAUCAUCCGCCCCAUCCACGACGAGCUCAGCCCCGGCUCCUGGGCAUGGGGGUGGACGGAUGUGAAGGUGACCUCGCCUCAGCUUUCCCGGGAGGCCACCUACAAGCUAUCCCUCAAGCACACGAUGCUCCAGUUGACCUCUGCAAGGGAGUCUGGAAACCCUUUCGUGGAGCAGGCCAUACAGUUCUCCAUCGCAGCUGCUAAAGCGAUUGUUACUGAUAAGGAGAAGAAGGACACACUAGACAAGCUGCUGUUGCAAGGUUUGAACAUUACAAUUCUGGGUUCCAAUGAUUUCUAUUCGUAUAGAAAGCAGAUUGAAGCACGUGGUCUGCCUCUAUCUCCAGAGGUAUUGCUUUCAUUACCUCCAUUUUGUUCAAUUACAUUUAACUCAGAAGUUGCUAAUGGAACUGGAGAAAUAUGCAAACCUGAAGUGGCAAAAACUGGACUUGGGUCAUCAGCUGCCAUGACUGCAUCAGUUGUCGCGGCUCUUCUUCACUAUCUUGGAGCUGUUAACCUUUCGUGUUUGGGUCAAUCUUCCAGUGAUAGUGCAACUGAACGAGAUCUUGACUUGGUGCAUGCUAUUGCUCAAAGUGCACAUUGUAUAGCACAAGGGAAGAUUGGCAGUGGUUUUGAUGUUAGUGCUGCUGUCUAUGGUAGUCAGCGCUAUACAAGGUUUUCUCCAGAAAUACUCUCCUCGGCUCAGGUUUCAGGAGGAUGUUGCUUGCCAGAAGUAGUAGCAGAUAUUGCUACUGGGAAGUGGGAUCAUGAGAAGACUCGAUUUUCUUUGCCUCCUCUGAUGUGCCUUCUUCUGGGCGAACCUGGAACUGGAGGAUCAUCUACUCCAUCAAUGGUUGGAUCUGUGAAGAAGUGGCAGAAGUCUGACCCUGAGAAAUCCAAAGAUACAUGGAGCAAGUUGGGAAUGGCCAACUCAGUGCUGGAGGAACAAUUGAGAAACUUGAACAAACUUGCCGAAGAUCAUUGGGUGGCCUAUGAAUCCGUAGUGCGGUCCUGUAGUCAUCUGACAUGGAUGAAGUGGACAGAGGUGGCUACUAAUCAGCAUGAAGAACUGAUUGUCAGAUCAUUAUUAGCUGCUAGAAAUGCUUUCCUCGAAAUAAGGCUUCAUAUGCGUGAGAUGGGUGUGGCAGCCGGUAUUCCAAUUGAGCCAGAGUCACAGACACAGCUUCUGGAUGCCACUAUGAAUAUGGAAGGUGUUCUACUAGCUGGUGUUCCUGGAGCUGGUGGUUUUGAUGCAGUUUUCUCACUGACCUUGGGUGAAGCAAGUGGUGCUGUAGCAAAUGCUUGGAGCUCCGCUGGCGUCCUCCCACUUCUUGUUCGAGAAGACUCUCGGGGCGUUUCACUGGAAGCUGGUGAUCCAAGAACAAGGGAGGUGUCAACCGCUGUGUCAUCCAUACAGAUUAACUGAUAUAUUCUUGCUGAUAAAUUCAGUAAUCUUUUCCUACGAUGUACUAUCUUUGGUGCCUCAUUCAUUUAGGAGUAGCGCAACUGGACAAAUUCAAAAAAUCGCUUGGUUAGAAUAAGUGCUCAGCACGGAGGAACAUAGCAUGAAGUACUUCUGAUAGGACAGUGCAAGAGUGUAUAAAUGGGAAACACUUGUUAUUGCCUGUAUUGCUUGUAGCCAUGGAAUGUGCGUGAUGCAGUGUGUAGCUUUUGCAAUGAACUUAGUGUUUGAAUACUGAAA